UCCGACGUGAUAUUUCUUUCAUUUUGCCGACUUGGGCCGCAUCAAAUAAGAAAGGUGGUGGGUGUACACUAUUAAUCAAAGCUUGGCCAGAGACAAAACAAAAUAACAGAAAUGAAAAAGGGAAAUAAAAGAGUGGGAAAAAGGUAAUUAUGAGAUGGUUCUUGUGAAGCAAAGGAGGGUCCUUUUCCCGUUGAAUUCUUCACUUCUUUUCUACCCAUAAUUUCCCUUCAUUUUUAAAAAAUACCCUUUUUUCAAAAAAAAAAAAAAAAGAGUAAAUUUGUAAAACUGAGGUAGAUAAAUCAUAAAUCACAAAUAUAAACAAUAACAGAGAUAAGUAAUAUAUAUAAGGGGGAAAAAAGAAAGAUAUAGAUCCCUUGUAAGCUGCCAAACUCAAAAAGGCCUUUUUCUCCAUUUCUCUGCUCCAAAAUUUCCUCUUCCUUCUCUCUUCCCUCAAUUCAUUCUGGCCAAAGGCCACUCCUUUCUCUUUCUCUCUCAGCUCACCGGAAAUAAGAAAUCGAAGAAACUACGACGACCCACUAAUCAUUGCUCGCCACCGCCACUUCCGACGAUAAAAAGGAGUCGAAUUUCCGGGUAAAUAGUCAGCUAUGAGAGCUGGGCUCAGCACGAUCCAGCAAACCCUCACGCCGGAGGCGGCCAACGUCUUGAACCACUCGAUUGCCGAAGCCGGCCGGCGAAACCACGGCCAGACGACGCCGCUCCAUGUGGCGGCGACUCUUUUGUCAUCCCCCUCCGGCUACCUCCGGCAAGCCUGCAUCAAAUCCCACCCCAAUUCCUCCCACCCGCUCCAGUGCCGAGCUCUGGAGCUCUGCUUCAGCGUGGCCCUCGAGCGGCUGCCCACGGCGGCGGGAGCCAAUUCGGGUCCCGGUUCACAGCCCGACCCGCCGAUUUCCAAUGCGCUAAUGGCGGCGCUGAAGCGCGCCCAGGCGCAUCAGCGAAGAGGGUGCCCCGAGCAGCAGCAGCAGCCGCUGCUGGCCGUGAAAGUCGAGCUGGAGCAGCUGAUUAUCUCGAUUCUCGACGACCCGAGCGUGAGCCGGGUCAUGAGGGAGGCCAGCUUCUCGAGCCCGGCUGUGAAAGCCACAAUUGAACAGUCUCUGAACUCGCCUCCAGCUCCGCAACCUAAUUCCGGGCAAAUUGGGCAGGGAUUCCGGCCGCCGGGGUCCGUCCCUGUUCCCACGGUGACGGGGAACCGGAAUUUGUACGCGAAUCCCAGGUUGCAGGGGACGACGCCGGCGGGUGGAGGAGCAGGGCAGUUGGGCCGGAGCGAGGAAGCGAAUCGGGUCAUGGACAUCCUGCUCCGAAGCAGGAAGCGGAACCCUGUUCUGGUAGGGGAAUCGGAGCCCGAAAUGGUCGUUAAGGAAGUUCUCAAAAGGGUACUCGAAAGUAAAGAUAUUGGGGACGAGGGUUUGUUGAAGAAUCUGCAAGUGAUUCAUUUGGAGAAGGAGUUCCUCGAGAAAUCACAGAUUAGUUCGAGGAUUGGUGAGCUGGCCGGGUUGGUGGAGACCCGGAUUGCGAGUUCGGGUUCUGGAGGUGCGAUUCUCGACUUGGGCGACUUGAAAUGGCUGGUGGAGCAGCCAAUUGGGUCGGAUUUGAGCAAGACCGCCGUCGCCGAGAUGGGGAAGCUGGUGGCGAAGUUUAGGCAGAGUGGGAAAAAGAUUUGGUUGAUUGGUACAGCCACUUGUGAGACUUACUUGAGAUGCCAAGUUUACCAUCCAUCAAUGGAGAACGAUUGGGAUCUUCAGGCAGUUCCAAUUGCUAACAGAGCUCCUCUCCAUGGAAUGUUCCCCAGGAUUGGGAAUACUGGAUUCCUUGGCAACUCGCUUGAGUCAUUGUCAUCAUCAUCACCAUUGAAGGGGUUUCCCACCGUGUCGAUUGGUCCACCGAAACGUCUGUCUGAUAAUAAUCUUGAUACUGUGAAAAAGCCAGCAAAUUUCUGCCCACAGUGCAAGCAUAACUUCGAGCAGGAACUGGCAAAAGUUGUCCCGAAGGAGCUCGUUGAGAAACCUUCUACUGGAGAAGCUAAGUUGGAAGCAACUCAGCAGCAGCAGUCUUUGCCACCAUGGUUGAAGAACGCCACGAAUACUAAAGAUGCUUCAGCGACCAAGGACCAAGAGCUGCUGCAGAAGAAAUGGCUCGAUACGUGCUUACGCAUUCACCCUGGCUUCCAUCAGCAUCACCAACAGAGGAAUCUUCAGCCUGGUGGUGCUACUGCUGUCCCGAUGCCGAGUUUGUUUAAUCGAACCCUUGUGCCUUGUGUGCCUAAGAUCGGUUUGACUGGAGGAAACCCUACCUUGCAACUGAAUACCAACCUCUUGCCUAAACAAAACUCCACCAGGCCAGUACUUAGUCCACCUACAAGCCCUGUUAGAACCGAGCUAGUUCUUGGGCGUCCUAAGGUGGCUGCUCAAGCCAUUACCAAGGACCUUUUGAGCACUGCUGUUGCUGCUGCUGCUCCUGAGUCGGAACCAAAGAACUUGCAUGACUUUCAGAUUAGUAAACUGCUCAACAAAUUGGAUGCUGAUUCAUUCAAGAAACUUGUCAAGGGGCUCAUGGAGAAAGUAUGGUGGCAGCAAGAUGCAGCAUCAGCAGUUGCCACAGUGAUGACACAGUGCAAAUUAGGGAGUGGAAAACGAAGGGGCAAUGCUUCAAAAGGUGAUAUCUGGCUAUUGUUCACAGGGCCAGACCGAAUCGGGAAGAAGAAGAUGGCAGUUGCUCUCUCGGAUCUCCUUCGCCAAUCCAACCCAGUGACAGUCCGACUGGGCUCACGUCGUGAUAGCGAUGAGGUAAACUUCCGUGGUAAAACUGUGAUGGAUCGAAUAGUAGAGGCAGUAAGAAGGAACCCAUUUUCAGUCGUAGUGCUCGAGGAUAUUGAUGAGGCAGAUAUGUUGGUGAAGGGGAGUAUAAAACGAGCUAUGGAAAGGGGUCGACUUGCUGACUCCCAUGGCAGGGAAAUCAGCUUGGGAAAUGUGAUUUUCAUCCUCACUGCCAGCUGGCUGCCGGAGAGUCUCAAGUUCUUGUCCAAUGGAUUUACAUUGGACGAAAAGAAGAUUGCAAAUCUUGUAAAUGGAGGUUGGCAGCUGAGGCUGUCGGUUUGUGGGAAGACAGCUAAACGUAGGCGUGUAAGAGAAGAUCUGACAUUCGACUUGAAUGAAGCUGCAGACAUCAACUGUGACUUGAGUGAUGUAACAGUUGACCAUGAGGAUGAGCAUUACUUGAGCAGCAAGGUACUAACAACACCAACUGCCUCGGAGCUACCCUCAGAUCUACUCGAUUCGUUUGAUGAUUGUAUAGUGUUCAAGCCGGUGGAUUUCGGUGGGAUCAGAAAGGAUGUCUCGAAUUCGAUCACCAACCGAGCUUCGUCGAUCAUUGGGGAAGGGAAUAGCUUGGAGAUUGAAGUAGACGCACUCGAGAAAAUCUCCGGUGGGUUGUGUUUGGGGUUUGAUGGGUUGGAGGAAUGGACAGAGAAAGUCCUGGUCCCGAGCUUGCGCCAACUGAGGAUGAGGUUUGGGACAGAUCAAUCCAUGGUUGUUCGGCUUGAACCGGAUACUGAUUCAGAUAGCCGAGGGCCUGGAGAUUGGCUGCCGGGUAGUGUGAGAGUCAUGGUCGACGGGCGUUGAAUGAUAAAGGUACGAUCUUUAUGAUUCUGUGACAUAGAGAAUGUAAAUAGGAUCAGAAAAUCUUUUGGCCAAGGGGCUGUUAGAACACAGCUCUUGGAGCUGGGAAUAGGGCCUUUGGUUUUGAUCUUUCAUCUCAUCACUAUUGUUCCCCCACCAUAUCACCCUUUGUAAUUUUCUCCCAAAGAAAUUUUGAUAUUUGUUUAUAGGAAAAGUUGUCCAAGUAAAUUGUAUUUGCUCCAUAGAUGUUCCUAUUGAUUAUUGCUACUACUACUACUACUACACUAGACAGAGAAAACUGCCCAGCUGCAAUAUUUUGAGGCAUUUUGGCUUCUCUGUUUCAUCAGUUGCUGUAUUGUACAUCAUCAUCAUACAAUGUUCAUUACCACAAUUUCUUUGCCCCUAGCUCUCUUUGUUGAGAUCUUGUAUCGAUGUUCGAAUCCUGAUGGCCCAUAACAAUUGAUUUACUUGCCGGUUAUGAUGAACUUGUGCAAAUAUGAAUGGAAUGAGUUACAUACAUCAAUGAUAUCACCCAUCGAUUAACACAUAUCUCCUAAUCAUAAUUUCAAUACAAUUACCACUUAGAUACACAAUGUAUAUGGUUAGCCAAUUCCAUUAUGAUAUUCACUCAAAAAGAAAACACCCACAUGCCAAAACAUGACCUUGCCAAAUUUGGCAGGCAAUCAAGUCUUUGGGAGAAACAAGUGCCUAUUUGCUGUUAGGUGCAGCAGGCAACAGGGAUAUAGGACAAUACACUCGCAAUAAGCAAUGACGGCUAUGUGUAAUUAGAUUCAAUUUUCUCGAUAUUUGUAUUGUAUAUAAUUUAAUUCGAUUUUUUCGAUUUCGGCGUGAAUUCAAUUUAUGAGUCCUCAUAAAAAAAGAGGAGAAGAAUAUCUCAAAUAAACUCAAACAAUAUCAAAUCGUAUCAACACAAAUGCUUUUUAAUCUGAUUAUGAUCAUUAUUCUUAACCUCUUUAAAAUGGGGAUUCGAUUUGAUUCUCGCACUUUCCACUACAUUCCAUAUGUCACCUUAUAAAGUUACUAACUGUCGUAGCUCGAACUUACCUCUUGCAUACUUACCCUAAUCAAAUAGUCGGUGAGAAGUUAGAAGCAACAAUAUCUCUCAUAUUUUGUCAAAAAAAAAAAAAAUCUCUCUCAUAUACUUUGUUAAUAUGUGGGUACAAGAUUCUCUCAUAUACUUUGUUAAUAUGUGGGUACAAGAUUCAUUAUUCUUAACAUUGUAUCAGAGCCUUUGUUGAUCAAGAGCUCUUGAUUUCGAAUCUCUAUUACCCGUUUUUGUUAAAAACAUGGUAUUUCGAACAUGUACUGCUUCAAGCUUAUAUAAGCGACUUUCGUUUAAAUAAAAAAUCGAUGUCUGCAAUAUACAAUCAUAAUGUAC